GGCAUACUUCAGGUAUUUCAUUUCCUUUAUUUUGAAACGCUUACAUAGUUCAGCUAUGGGACCGGAGCCAGUCAGGUAAUUUUAAUCCUAAUGUUUUAACAUUUGGAUAUCAUGCAAGCUUGAUGUCGUUGGUUCUUUUUAGGACCCGCUUUACAAUAAAACAAUGCACAAAAAAGAAGGAUGCUUGGUGUUUUCCUACAAAUGUAAAACUGGCAAGUCCCAAUAUAAGUUUUACGUACAGCUUGCUUUAAUCGUAUCUGUAACAGAUAAGGUAAUUACAAAUACAACAUUUCGGAAGAAAAAUAAUCACAAAAAUGUCCGGAUUUCGACUAAUAUUCUUAAAUCACAUGAAUGAAAUUCAGUGAACACUUUAGUGAUUCACAGCACACAUUACAUGUUUAACAUUAUUGUAUAUAUUAACACAAUGAAAACUCUUGUGUAUACUGAGCAAGGGAACGAAAGGUGUAAUUAAUUGAUAUAUAAAAAUAUGUUAUAUACAUGAACUAACUCUGAAACAGAUGUUGACCGAUACAUGAUGACCUAUUUACGCUAACAUAUAUAAAUGAAUGUCAAGAUACUAGGUCAGUCUGAAUUUCAAAACAACAAAAAUAAUAUGAAUUACAAUUGGGCGGUCUUAUCGUGUGUUAGGUAACGCAACGGUUAAAUAUGGAACAAUAUCUUUGACACCAAUGAUCAAACUAGAAUCUGACAAAACAAUGCUCCUUUGUGUAAUUAUAACUGCGCUUAGUGUUUACGGAACAGAUGCUUUGAACGUAUGCUUACACUGUUCUAACAUUACUGCACCAACCAAUUGCUCUCAGGUGACAAAAUGUGGCCCUCUUCAGAGCUGUUUCACUGAAAUGUUUUUAACUUCGAACGGAGAAAAAAGAUACAAUUUAGGGUGUCGGGACACAGAGCAAUGCGAUGCGCCCGAAGAAGUUUCGCAAGAUACUAAUACCGCUUCCAUGUGUACUGAAUGCUGUACUGGUGAUUUAUGUGCUGGUUGCCAAUUUAAAGGCUACCCUUCACCACGAGGUCCAAUAUGUUAUGAUUGCGGCAGCCGACCUAACAACAGCGAAAUUCAAUGUAGCACGGUAAAAGUGUGCGCAGAAGAUGAGGCGUGCAUGCUUCAAAAACCAUUAAAACGACUUAAAGAUGGACAUUUUGAAUAUCAACUCUUGCAAAAAUGUAAGCGAGCACAUGAUUGA